UAGUCUUGUCACUCUUCACAGUAACAGUGAACGUUAUUAAUCGAAACUUGCUGGGUCAACGCUAUAGCAGGGUCAAAUCAGCAAUAUAACAGAACUGUGUUUCACUUCAGAUACUUUUAAGGUUUUAUGCCAACAUUAUUGUUAUUUUUUCCGUUUCGAAAGUAGUACAUCAAAAGUGCAAGUGAGCGAAAGCGACAACUAGUUUAAGCGCUGCUUGACGAUUAAAGUUAUUAUUAACAUUGUUUUGUACUAAUCUAUCCGGUUUUACGGUAAGGAAUAGUUUGGCCUUCACCUUAACUUGCCGGUUCAGAAAAAAGCCAAAGUGAAUAUACCGGUCCCAAAGAAGAUUCCGACCACACUAUAUCGUUUACCGCAGUUAGAAGUUUUCGUGUUUGUGAAAAGUUAAAACAAGAUGAAGACAGUGCUCGUAUUGUUGAUCGCAUUAGUUGCGACAGCAAGCUGCAAUUUGGCUCUCGAUAAAUUCGCCGAAGGCAACCACAAGUUUACUGCAAGAUUAUACAAUGAAAUUCUCAAAGCAAAUAUAGGCAAAAAUUUCGUCUUCAGUCCGUUCUCAGUUGAGGUGAUAUUGGCUCUCACCCGCGCUGGAGCUAAAGGAAAAACAGCCAGUGAAUUCUCAACUGGCGUCGAUCUUCCAAGCGAAGAAGUCACUGAAGAAGCUCUCAAGCUAUUCCUUCCAUUGUUGAAAUCAUCUAAUGAAAACCUUCGUUUGACCACUGCCAACAAAUUGUACAUUAAUAGCAAUUUUUCAAUAUUGGAUUCAUACAAGAAACUUGCUGUGAGCACGUACGAUGCUGCUACCGAAAAUGUUGACUUUACCAAGACAACUGAAACGGCCAAUCGAAUUAAUCAAUGGGUUGAAGAGCGCACAAAUAACAAAAUCCAAAACUUGGUUAAACCCGAAAGUCUCGAUGAUGUUCAACUUGUAUUGAUCAAUGCUCUUCAUUUCAAAGGAAAAUGGUCCAAUCCUUUCGUACCUAGCGUUACUAAGAGUGACUUCUAUGUUAGUGCCACCGAACGUACAACAGUCGAUAUGAUGUUCACCGAAGAUACAUUCAAAUACGCCGAAUCUGCAGAUCUCGAUGCCAAAUUUAUUGAACUACCAUAUGAGGGUGGUAAUGUUUCCAUGACUGUAGUACUUCCCAACAAAGUCGAGGGCCUGGCAGCUCUGGAAAGAAACUUACAAGCUGUGUUCCAGCCCCAAAACUACCAGGAACUUUACGUAUCAGUUAAAUUGCCCACAUUUUUAACUGAAACAGAGUUGAAUUUGACACCGUUGUUGAAAAACUUGGGCCUCGCUACUAUCUUCUCAGAGAGUGCUGAUCUUAGCGGAAUUGCCUCUGAACCGUUGAUGGUUUCAGAAGUUCUUCAGAAAGCGUUUAUUAACGUGACCACCACUGGAACUGAAGCUGCUGCUACUACUGCAUUGUAUGCUGUGGCAAUAAGUGGACGUCCAUCAAUUCAAGCCUUUUUUACUGCCGAUCAGGGAUUUUUAUACUUUAUCAAAUAUAAUAACAUCGUUCUUUUUAUUGGUUCAUUUUCGGCGUAAAUCUCGGUCUCUACUUGGAGGAACUAAUAAUUUUUUAGAUUAAUGACAUGUUUUAUAUUGCAAUUUCAGAAAUAGGAAGUAGGUAAAUGCAUGAAUUUUUGUUACUUUAUGUGAAUACUGUUUUUAAUAAACUUAGCAUUCUAUAAAUGUGUAACAACUAUAGGAGCCUAUGGUAUGUAAAAUAACUUUCAAUACUGUUUUCCUUCAAGGUGGCUGUUACCGAUGUAUUAACAUGUAGAGACUUGAAUUCCAAUUUGAAUAAAGGCCUUUAAUGUA